UAUAUGCAAAUGUCUUCUCAUCUGCUCGUAUGUGUUGUCGGUUGUAUGUGUGUGCGAAGUUAUUUUUUUUACGAAGCGAAAUCUAAUUGGAAUUAAAUAAUAAAAAAUGAAAUGGCAUAUAAAACAAUAUAAAAAUUGAACCGCGCGUCGGUCGGUCCCAAAAAAGGAUCUGCAUAUGCAGGCCAGGGCGACGCAACGCAACGUAACGUAACGCACAACAGGCGCUUCUUACAUAAAAAGCUCAAGCUCUAAGCCGCAGUCAAAGCUUUCGCUCUCACCAAAGUGGGCAGCGCAGCAGCAGCAGCAGCAGCCGCCGCAGCAGUUACAACAAUCACCAAGGGGGGAACACAGCUGGUGCAGCUGCUGCUGGCCGCUGUAAAAUGAGCGUUUUCGAUGAUUUUCAACGCUUGUGGAUGCAACGGUUUCCACAAAGCUCCCUAUCCGACGACUGGGAACAGGAUGUGCGCGGCAGCCUUGAACGGCAUAAACAAAAAAUCACAGACUUAAGCAAAGAGUUGGAACAAGAGACGCUCUAUGUCGAGUAUCUGGAACGUUUGCUCUCUGAUGUUGAGAAAUAUCGUGAAUCUGGCGGUGAUCCCACAACCCUCUUCGAAUCAGCCACCGACAAUCCGGCAGCAUCGCAACAAUCGCCCAGCAGCAGCAGCAGCGUCGGUGUUGGUGUCGGCGUCGCUGCCAAUGGCGCAACUGCAGGCCCAGGCGCUGGCGUGGACAAAGACUACAAAUCUAGUUUGAAUCUGCGUGAGGCAUCGUCUGCGUCAUCGGCUAACAAGGACAAGGACAAGGACCGGCUCUCGUUGAGCACCGACAACAAAUACACACACACACAGAAUGAGGGCGGGGGCGGAUUGAGCUCGGCGCCGCCGACGGGCAAGCGCAGUCUCACGGAGCACUGCUUCGAGCGCGAGGAUAAAAAAGACAGCGGCAAUGAGAAGGAUGCCAAUGGAGCGCUGCAGCAGUGCAUCACCGAGCUGGCGGCCUCCAUUGGCAGCGGCACUCAGAAAGCCAACGAACAACAAAGGCCAAACGACAGCAGCAACAGCAACAGCAACAGCAAGCAGCAGGAGACAACUGGCCAGGCGGAGGCGAGCGGGAUACAUGUGGAGCAGAAAGUGAAGCCGUCGCGCACAUCGCAGUUCGUCACCGUCAUCGAGGUGAAGGAGGCCAAGGACAAAGAUCACGAUGAUGCCGCCUCGGCGUUGGGGCUCAAUGACAACGCGCCCACGCCGCCAUCCACAUUCGGACGCUAUCCGGAGCGCAGCAAGGCCGCUGGAGCGGAGGCGACGGCACCGCCAUUGUCGCCAUCAAUGACAUCGCCCGCCAUGUCCGCCUCAUCGUAUGCCGCACAUCUGGACGCCAAAAAGAAAAUGCCACCCAGACCGCCGCCAAAGAACAUACGACGCGUCGAGCCGCCCACCAUUCCCAGCCAGCAGCAGCAGCAACAGCAGCUGUUGUCAUCGUCGCCAAAGCGUGAGACGCCCUAUGCGGGCAGUGCAAUGCCGUUGCCGAGCAGCAGCUCCGGCGAGAGUCCGGCCAGCUCGCUGGAGCGGAAUAUAAAGCCAUCGGAUAUCUUGCGACAGAAGUCAUCGGAGAAUCUAGAGUCGAAGUAUGCAGCGAAUCGAAAGACAACGCCAGAGCUAAGCAAGCUGGCGAACACGCCCGAGCUGAUGGAGGAGCUGGGCCGCAAAAUGGUUGGCAAGACGGACAGUCUCGAGCAUGGAGCAAAGCGCAGCGAAGCCAACAGCAACGGCAAUAGCAACAGCAACAGCAACAGCAACAGCAAUGGUGGCAGCUUGGGACGCACUGCAUCCACGCCGGGACGUGCCCUGACACCAGCCGGCCGCAGUACGGCAGCGGGUGCCGUCGGCGCCUCGCCAACGGGCAGCCUCAACAAGACGGCCAAGCUGGCGGCAGCGGACAGCAGCUCGACGAGCAGCCUGGAGAAGAAGUCGCGCGUCUCACUGCAGGCCAGCGAUGCUGAGAUGCCGGCCAGUGCGCAGCGCAGCGUCGGCUCCAAGGAGUCGCUCGCAUCACAAGGCAUAUCGGAGGCGAUCAAGAGCUAUGAGUCGGUGUCUUCGCUCAGCUCGGACAGCGCCAAGGCGGCCCAGCAGACGGACAAUGAGCCCUAUUAUGACAGCGUGCCGCUGGACAAUGGCGAUGGGGAGUACGUGUUCAUAAAGCCUGGCCGCACCGGCUCCUCGUCUAGUCGCGACGAUCUGUCCACGCCAGGCAGCACCUUGCCCAUGGCCCAGUUGAGCAGUCAGACGAGCGUAACGGAUCCCGAAUCUCCAGGCCGUACGUCCAACUAUGUGAACAUUGAUUAUUUUAUCCAGAGCAACGAGACGCGCUCCAGUUCACUGGACAGCGAUGGCGAAUACGAGGGUCCGCCCAUACUACGAACCAUCUCGCAUGACGAGCAACAGCACAGCAGCACAUCCACAUCACAGACACCGGGCGCCCUACGCAAGAACUUAGUUUCGGCGAUACUCUUAUCGGGCAAUGCGCGUGGCGCCAAGAUCCGCUCCAUAUUGAGCUCCAUCAUACACAGCGAGACGAUCUAUGUGGAAUGUCUGAAUAAGAUGUUACAGUAUAAGCGCGCUAUACACGCCACGCUGGGCACAUCACAGCCUGUGAUCAAGGAGGAGGAGGAGAAUACGAUUUUCUUUAAAAUCGACGAGCUGUACGAUGUGCACACCGCUUUUCUGAGCGAUCUGAAGACAAUUGUGGCGCAUGAGGGCGGCGAUGUGCUGAUUGGGGAGCCCUUCAAGCGUUUGGCUGACAUGUUCGAUCUGUAUAGCGCAUUUCUGCACAACUAUGGCCAGGCGAUCGACACGGUGAAGAAGUGCAGCGCCAACAAUCCGCAAUUCAAGAAAAUCGUCUCCACAAUUGUGGUGAAUCUGCAGACGGAACAGUCGCUGACGCUGGAGGAUCUGCUGCAUAAGCCGGUGGCCCGAGUGCAAAUCAAUGCGCUCGUCUUCAAUGAUCUGUUGCGCGAGACGCCGCCGAAUCAUCCGGAUCACCAGCCGCUGCGACAGGCCCAGAAGAUCAUACAAAUGUUCCUCAAUCAAUUCAAUGUGGUCAAUCAGCGCUUGCCCACCGAAUCGAAUCGCAAUCUGCGUCGCAUGGUGCGCAAUUCGUUCAUUGUGGAGCUGGUCGACGGGCACCGCAAGCUGCGGCAUUUGUUCCUCUUCAACGAUGUGAUUGCGUGUGCCAAGUACAAGGCGCUGGGCCGGGAUCGCAUCGACUACGAGCUCAAAUGGUAUAUACCGCUCAAGGAUGUCACCGUGUACGAGGAGUCCGACACGAGUGCGGACCUCAAGGAAUCUAGUCCCGCGAACAUAUCGCAAGUGAAGCGCAAUUUGCGAUCGGUGCGCGAUCAGCUAACGCUCGAAGCGAACGGCGUGCGCACCGGCGACAAAUAUCGCCGCAAACUGGCCGAUCUGGAGUCACAGCUGGUGCUGGCCACGCCCAACUUGGUGCUGCGGCUGGGCAACAAGGCCAACAAUAAGACAAUUACCUUCUUCCUCAGCUCCGACUUCGAGCGCACUCAGUGGAUAGACUCGAUAAUGUCGCUCAAGCAAAAGUGUACUCUGCCUGGAGCCAAUACGAUCAACUCGCUGGAGGUGACCGCCUUCAUUGUGGCCAUGCAGAAGGGCAUGAAGACUGAAAUGGGCUCCUAUCUGAUGCGCAACACGAACGAUGAGAGUCUGCUCGUCGGCGAUCUGCAUAUGGGUGUGCAGGGACUGCAGGGCCUCGAGCAGCCGACCGAUCUGUACAUAUGCAUCGAGGUGGACUCGUAUGGCCAUUACUUCCGCAAGGCAACCACCAAGAUCUGUCGCAGUCAGACGCCGAUGUGGAACGAGAGUUUCAUGCUCGAACUGGAGGGCAGCCAGAAUGUGCGUGUGCUGCUCUACGAGGACAAGGAGCGGCCACUGCUUCGUGCCAAAUACAUACUCAAGUUGAGCCGCAGCUGGCUGACAGAGACGACGCAGACGCGCAACCUCAAGCUGAGCGAAACCCUGGAGCUGACCGCCACCUUCCGUUUCGUGCCCGGCGAGCAAUGCCGCGGCAGCAACAAGCCAGGCGCGCUCUUUGGUGCCAAAAUGAGUCAAGUAUUAAAGCGCGAGAAACGCGACAUUCCGUUCAUAAUCAGUGCCUGCAUUCGGGAAGUGGAGCGACGUGGAAUGCUGGAGGUUGGGUGCUAUCGCGUCAGUGGCUCUGCCUCCGACUUGGCCAAGCUGAAGAAGGCGUUCGAGUCGGACGCAUACGAGGCAGAGCAGCUGCUGCGAGAGGUGGACAUCCAUUCGGUUACAGGCAUACUGAAGACAUUCUUGCGUGAGCUGCCGGAGGCGCUGUUCACGGAUCUGCUCUAUCCACGCUUCUUCGAAACAUUCAGCAAAUUAACAAACAACAACGAAGCCACACGCAUCAACGAGCUGCUCAAGAUAUUUGAGGAGCUGCCGCCGGCUAACAAAGCCUCAAUCAAUCUGAUACUGGAUCAUCUGAUCAGGGUGCACGAGAAGGAGGCGGAUAACAAAAUGUCGCUGCACAAUUUGGCCAUGGUAUUUGGGCCCACACUACUUCGUCCUGGCCAGACGCAGGUCAAACAAAAGGAUCCUUUGGCAGCGAGCACCGUUGAUGUGAUGGCCCAGGCGGGCAUACUCUACUGCUUCCUCCAGGCGCGCAUCAAAAAGGAUUAGACACAAUGAAUGGAUAGCACAAGCAAACAAAUAUUUACAUAUGUAUAACUCUAUAUAUGCUAUAUGCUUCAAAUGCUCACACACAACCAACAACAAGAACAAGAACAAGAACACACACAACCUACACAACCUGGCUGAUGAUUGUAUAUAACAGGCGCAUAGCUGGCAAAAAGGAAUUGCGUUGUUUGUGCUGCAGGCAAUUUGUUAGCUGAAAGCAGUGCUCAAGAGCGAGCCAACACACACACAUACAGACACAUACAUAUACACACACACACACACAUAUAACUAUAACUAUAUAUAUAUAUAUACAGAAUGUAUACAUGCGUAGACAAGUGUUCAACACUGAUCCUGUUGCUGGUCCUAGUCCAGGCACACUUCCCCCAUCAAGGCUUUUAGCUGCUGCUUUUGCUCGUCUACUCGUUUACAUACAUACAUAUAUUUAUAGUAUAAACUAUAUGCUUUACCUAUACAUAUAUACAUAGAUUGCCCUGUGCCCCGCUUAUUGCAAGGUUCAAAUUGAUAUUUGAGAGAAGAAAAUAAACAAAUGGCAAAUA